AUGAAGAACUUGUCCCAGAUCAAGGACGGCGUGGCCGCGUCUUUCCGGACGGACCCGACCAUCAAUCGCGUCAGGGGCUGGGCUGGCCCGGCGUCGAGGAGGCUCCCGUCCGCGACGGCAGAGUAUCUCGCCGAGAAGCUCCCCGUCGCGCAGUGGCUGCCUCACUACGACCCCCGAUGGAUUCUGCGAGACUUGAUCGCCGGCGUCACGGUGGGCGUGAUGCUGAUCCCCCAGGGGCUGGCAUACGCCAAAAUCGCCACGGUGCCCAUCGCCAACGGCCUCUACGCGAGCUGGUUCCCGCCGCUGCUGUACUUUUUCCUGGGCACCUCGCGCGAGCUGUCCGCGGGGCCGACCUCGAUCCUCGGCCUCUUGACGGCGGAGGCGGUGGAAGACUUGUCCAGGCAGGGCUACCGGCCGGCCGACAUUUCCGCCGCCAUGGCCUUCAUGGUCGGCGUCUACGCCCUGGCCGUCGGGCUGCUGAAGCUCGGCUUCCUCCUGGACUUUGUCUCGGCGCCCGUGCUGACGGGCUGGAUCUCGGCCGUGGCCAUUGUCAUUGGCCUCGGCCAGGUCGGCUCCCUGGUUGGGCUUGAUCUGCCUCCCAACGUGCCGGGCAUCAUCCACGACUUCUUCGCCCACAUUCGCGGCGUCAAACCGCUCACGCUCGCCAUCGGCCUGACCGGCCUGGCGUUUCUGCUGGUCCUGGAGCAGGUUGGCAAGCGGAACAAGAGGGGCAAGUACGUCAAGUUUGUGUGCACGAGCAGGGCCGUGAUUCUGCUCAUCGUCUACACCCUCAUCAGCUACUUGUGCAACCGCGGCCGGGGAAACGACCUGCUCUGGGCCGUCACCAAAGUAGAUACGCAUGGCUUGCCGGCUCCUCGUCCGCACGAUCCCGCCCUGUUGAAAAAGGUGGCCGUGAGGGCGUUUGCGCCGCUCAUCGCAAUGUCGGUCGAGCACCUGGGCGUCGGUAAAGCAUUCGGCCUGAGGGGCGACUACAGCAUCGACAAGAGCCAAGAGUUGGUCUUUCUCGGCGUUAACAACAUGGUCAACAGCCUGUUUGGUGCCCAGGCAACCGGCGGAGCGAUGAGCCGGACUGCCGUCAACUCCGAUUGCAACGUUCACAGCCCCGUCAACUUCCUCUUUACAGGCGGGCUCAUCGUGCUGACGCUGUACGAGCUGGCUCCCGCUCUGUACUGGAUUCCAAAGGCUACUCUGUCUGCUAUCAUUAUCAUGGCAGUUGCCCAUUUGGUUGCCCGACCGAGCCAGUUCUACCGGUUCUGGAAGAUGUCCUUUGUGGACUUUGUAGGCUCCCAACUCGCGCUCUGGGUCACGCUUUUCACGUCUACGGAAAUCGGCCUGGCUGUUGCCGUUGGCUUCAGCAUCGUGUAUACCCUGCUUCGCCUUGCGUUCCCGCGCUGGAUAGGGCUUUCUCACCUCGAAACGGAAAACAACCACGUCUCCCUGCCUUGCGCCGGCGCAGCCUCAACCAGUGUUGACGUCCCGGCUGAAGCGUACCUCGUUCAGUACACCGACGACAUCCUCUUCCCCAACGCGGAGCGUGUCAAGGCUUCCAUUAUUCAAUCAAUCAAAGUACAUUUCGAUCCGGCAUCAGAUGCCAACAUGGUUGUGGACAAGAGCAGGCGGACAUGGAAUCCGGCGACCAAGAAGCAAAUCAUCAAGAUUCGAAAGAGGAAGGGCAUCACGGCCUUUAGCGGAGAUGAGACACCGCUUCGACGAGUUGUUCUGGAUUUCGGACGAGUGUCCUUUAUUGAUACUACGGGCGUCUUUUCCAUAAUUGAAUUAAAGAUGGAGCUGCGCAGGUAUAUCGGACAGGAUUUGGAAUUCCGAUUUGUCGGCAUGGUGGAUGCCGUCAAGGAGAGAUUUGACCGUUCAGGGUGGGAAUUUGCUUCCCCUGGGCGCCAGCGCGCCGAGGCUGCCGACGUUGUGUAUUCGUCCAUCGACAUGGCGCUGUGGCAUCCGGGCAAAUCUGACGACAAGGACGACCUGUCCAAGGAGAAGGCUCUGGAUGCGUGA